GUUAGCGGCUCUAUACUCUAAGUUCCGAAUGAAGAGUCUCUGUUAGUGAGUAGACGUAAAGGCCGUUGCAGAUUUACGGGCCACAUGACAGAGAUAAGGCGACAUACGCAUGGAUUUGGCGAAGUCUGAAGUCACACGAAGAGAUCGUGUUUGUGAGCGGACGAAUACAACAUAGGCGCUCGUUUAGUUUAAAUUACGUCUUUGUACAAACUCGGUGAAUGCAACUGGUUUUCUUUCAAGUGCCUUAUUUUCGCUCUGGGAUGUAAAGACUCACUGUUGUUAAGCUAGACUGACUCAGGAAUACACAACAAUCGUAUAAAAUGAUCGUUGGCAUGAAACGGUAAUGGCAUGGGUAAAAUAAUCAUUCGUCAACAAACAGCGGAAAGUAUGACUGAAACCGAAUUUCCGGGAAGGAUGAUGGCGGACGUGGACUCUCCGCAUAUUGAUGUCGUAAACAAGACCAAGCUGACUCAAUCGACCUGGAUCAGUGGCAAGAGCAUAGAUGAGACCUGGCCUGCUAACUCAGAUAAAAAUCAUCUCACUCGGAUGGAUGGCAUGGAAGUGAAUUGCCUGACAUACAUGUCUGACACUAAAGCAUAUUCAAUCAAUGACAUCGCCGUAAACGAAGGAGACGCCACCUUGAAGUCGGAAGAGAGAAUGCAAGAAACUGCGUCGUAUCUUCAAAGGUUCGUUUUAAUACGUGAUGAUCGAUGACUUGUGCCUUGUAUUUCCUUUCUCUAUAGGUUUAAAAGAUUUCACAUUUUUUCGUUGUUGAUCAUUCCAAAGUUAACUGCUACAAUUGCAGACACCCUUUGGAAUGUCCGUAAUUGUCAAAGUCCGCCGUACGUGAUAGCAGGCAUUUUAGUGAUAGGUGUGUAAAUUAUUUUGCCGGUUAUUCACCUGCUGCCCGUAUUUUGAGGAAUCCGUGAUACUGAGCGAGUGUUCGCAAAGUAAGAAGUGACUCUAUAAGGUCUCGGGGAGGUUGGUGGAGGGGGAGGGGGAGGGAAGAGGCGGAGGCACUUAAUUUAAGCUUGGGUAGCAUAGUGUUGCAGAGACCUUCAAAUCGUGACCCUGCAGGGUCAAGACAAAAUCUUUUAAGUGUGGUACAUCUUUAAGACAAGAAGCCUUUUGUGUACCCCUUUUUUAUUUUACAAGGAAUAUUUGUCUUUUUUUCCAGUAAGUCACUAAAUAAAAAAACAAACCAACAAAAUAGAAUGAUAUGUAUAUUUUUACUUUCAUGGGCUCCUGCAAUAAUGCGAUACGCUCCAGCAAAAACAUGUUGUCACUCGGCUGUCGAGCUGAUCUGUUUCCGUAAAUAAACUACACACAAAGACCUGUUUGAGACACUAAGUAAUGUAUUUCUAUUCCUGUUUAAAUCAGCGAAAGGCCUAAAAAGCCUUGCCUUGUUCUGAUGCACGUCACCGUUUAGGUCAAAUAAGUGAGUCACUCCCAAACUCCCGGCACUUCCGGCAUCUAUAGACAUGUUCAGAGUCGGUAAAAGUGCCACAACAGAAGUAGCCUGCGAGUAGGCUCCCUUGUGCGAACUCAGGGAGAAUUAUUUUGGCGUCGGAAUCGCCAUCCAGCGAGGAAAAGUUACUUUCUUCGGUCUAUCCUCCUUGCGGGCAAAAAUUUUCCCCGAACUCGCAUCCUGCUAUAGCAGGCUAAGCAGAAAGUAACUCUAUAUUCAUCGGUGCAAAAAAACGAGUUACUGAAAAAAAAACGGAAUACUAAAGUCUCACUAUAGUAGUUCCCCUCUCCUUUAUCAAAUGAGUUAAAAUUUAAAAGUUUGGUUAUCAUAUUGCCACCAGAUCAUAACAAGACUGUGCUUUAUUCAGCUGACUGAGGCAUCAUAAAGGCAGCCCAUUCGAGAUAGCCGCGGGCGGAUAUAGUUCAAUUCGUCUCAAGUCUAUACAAAUGCGGCUACUUCCUUGUUCUUGAAAUAUGCAAUUCUUCUAUUUUUAUUUGGCUAAAUCUCGCUUCCCGUUGUCAGCAUACUAGAUGUUACAGUACUUACUGCUGUAUCAGUAGCUUGCGUAGCAGGCUCAGGUAAUAGGGAGUUUAAGAUACGGAGACUACGGACUACGAACUACGGCUGGACGAGCGUUGUCGUUUGUUUGUAUCACUGGAUUGAGUCGUGAAAAUAUAGAACGUUAAGAUUGCACUACAGACGGUAGACUACGAGAGAAGAGGCGGAGAGGGAAACAACACCGAAAGAUUUUCUUGUUUUCAUCACAGUUCACAAAAAUGCAAGUCAGUUUUGCAUGUGAUCUUAUCUUUAGAACAAUGAAAAAAUUCUUCCAUACUUGAAGGAAGCAAUUACGUACAAGUCGAUUCGCCUACUCCUUGUUCCAUCACCGUAGCUCGGGUGAAAUUGAUAAACAAAGUUUUGGUUGCACAGGUUUUAUCUUUUUCGCCCAUGAAUACUUAUGUAAAAUAUUAAAGAAAUAGACAGAAAUAGUAAUAGCUCAUUUAUUAGAUUUAGAAGAUGGACUUCUCCGACUACUGAUCUGAUGUAGUUUGAAGUAUUGAAAUGCCGAGUUUCGAUUGUCUCGAAGAUGUUUACAUCAUUUUCAUUCAGCAAAUGCGAUACAAAAACUCGCAUAAACAAAGGUCACACAAGUAGAAAGACACACUAAUCAGUUCGAACAAACAUUGAAACUUUUCAAGUGCGGAGAGAAAGUAAAUUACCUGCAUGAUUUCUCUUCUCCUCGGCCAUCAAUCUGAAUUCUGCGUAUAAACAGCUAAGCUCCUUUAAAUAUGAGCUUAGCUAGAUAAAAAUGUAGUCACAACGGUGGAUUAAAAGCGUAAAUCUGAGCAGAAAUUAGGCACAACUUACAUAAUUCGCUUCUGCCUCACUUAAAGCAGGUGAAUUGAAAACUUUCUUACGAAAAGACGAGAUUCUUGAAUUACCGAGACGGCAAAAUACGAGCAAAAUGUUCUCCGUAGUCCCGACUACGCGAAACAGCUCAACAACUCACCGUAGCCGCAGGACUACGCGGGAAAAAUAAACAGUCACGUGGUUUUGAUCAUGCGCAGUAGCAUGAUAAACCGUAGUCGUAGUCCGUAGUCGCCGUAUCUUAAACUCCCUGAUUAUCCUAUUACAGGCCGUACGAGGGAAAUAGGCGCGUCCUCGAGAUUACAGUGUAAAUAUUCCUUCGCGCUGAAAACACUGUCGCCUGCUACGCAGGUUACAGUACUUAUAUUAUGACAAUUGCUACAUUUUUAUCCUUAACCAGUGAUAUGGGUAGACAAAAUGUGCCACGGCAUGCGUCUUAUAGAGCAUGACUGAUAGAGUGAAAUCAAUAGGACAAUUGCACGAUGACGUCAUUUUACUACAACUACCAGAAUCCUUGAGUUUGUCGUUUUCUUGUGCAAAUUAAGGCUAUUGUUCUUUAAUCCUCAGCGGGAUUGACAAAUUUAAAUAACAAAGCAAAAUCGAAAUGAAUUCUGAUAAUAAUUGUUGUCAAAUAUCGUCAUCGUGCAAUUGUCCUAUUCUGUUUCGCACCGUUAGCGAAAUACCCAUAAUCUAAUACCAGCCUCUCGUUUCCUUAGCUUUACAGAAAAAGAGCAUUUAGACUGGUGGAACAACCCUCUUUCAUUCUGCGAACAGGAUUAUCAUUUUUACGAAACUGACGAGUCCGAAGACAUCCCAUAUUGGUUUAACGAAAAUGUGGAGAGAAACUCAAACGAAGAAGCCAAAGGCUGUUGCAAUAAAACGGUAUCGGCUUCAAGUGACAUACAUAGCGGCGAAAUCUCCCAACAAAUGACGUCGACGGUCUCCCAUACUUCUAACGCCCGUAGUGUAUCAUUGGAAAAUGCCAACAAGUAUAGCAAUUGCUCCAAAACUGAGGAGAAAAUCCGAAAACUAAAAGCUCUCUUAGCAGAGCAAGAAAAGGAAAUAAAAAGACUUAAAAGCGAAAGUACAGAAAGAAUCUCCGACGUGUCUUCUCCAAUGGCAACGGCGGAAUACUGUGGUUUUCAGUUUGGAAAGAGUCAACAAAGAAACUUUAAAGAACCUAAAACCCAUGUUGCUGAAUGUUCAAGAAGAAAGCGAACAUUUAAGGAACGCAGCAGCAUAUUCAGUUCAAAACGAUUUCGUUAUAGUUUUAGAAAAGACAUGCAACAGGAAAUGAGGAAUUUUUUACCUAAAACAACAGACCGAAAACAAACGGUUGUCAUGGACAAACCAACAUCCGAAUAUGUAAAACCCGACUUAAAGAAAGGAAAUUUUACAAAAGAUGAAUUUCUAUCUCUUCUUAGACUUGUUAGAACAACAACAGUGUUACAAGAGUAAUGGAAGGCAUUUAAGGAGACGAAGAUGGUGAUAAUGAUGAUGGCGCAUGCGCACUGCAUGUUGUUAAGACAUUUUUGAUUUUUUAGAGUUUUCCUUUUAUCAAUUCUGUUUUAGUAAGUCCCCAGCACAGGGUUUUGUCCGUCCUUGCAAAUUUAAAGAGUAAAAGCACUGGGUAUCUCGCCCCUGCAUGCUUGAGGCCCGUUUCUCCGGUGAAAGUCGCGCCCGAAAAGCUGUUUUAUUAGUGUUCGACGGGUUCGCAUUCGAGAUCAGCGUUUCGAUAACUUUAAAAAUGAUACAAUUAAACUAACAGUUAACAAAGCAAAAUUGAUUUAUUUGUGUAACUAGGAACUGUGCUACUAUUCAACAGGUUUUGAUUUAAAAAUUUGCUUUCGGGCCCGAAAACUUAUCGCUCCUUUCGCGAAACUCGCCCCUGGACCGGUCUAAAAUGUCUAAAUAACUAGCUGCCUCUCGAGUUUCAUUUACAGCAGAACAUUAAUGACCUCUGAGCUUUCUGUGCCACUAUAGUUUUGCUGAUUGAAACUUAAGAUCUGAGUUGAAAACCUUUAAUAAAGGAAAAAUACACGUUAAACAAGUUAUUAUAAUUAACUAAACAGUUAUUCUUGGGACAGGGCUUACCACAAUGACCCUUUCGAGGGUAAGAAAGGUUAUUUUACUUUUCUUAUGUUAGAGGAGAUUAAAGAAUAAAGGAGAACCAGUAUCGCU